GCACCCUGGGGACUGCCUGAAGUGUCCGAGACCAUCGCCGACGAGAUCUUCGCCGCCAACAAGGUUACCAGAGAGGUCCUGCGGAUGCUCUUCGCGGCGACCGCAACCCACGUCCCCUUCGUCGCCGCCAUCGCGGCAGAGUCGACUUGCAGGCAGACUCCCGAAUACCAGCACAUCGCCAAUCAGACGACGGUUAACGAGACCUCGACACAGCACUAUGACCUCGGCGCCACACAGAUCCUCGACAACGGCACCCGCGACGACCUCCGCAACAGACUGACCACAGCAAACGCAGAGGAGAUCGAUUUUGCCAUCGCCGACCUGCUCGACUGCAACAUAGUGGCUAGAUGGGGUCUCAGAACCGCAACCGCUGCGCCGACCAGCCAGAACCUGAACACCUACGACGCGUACUACAUCGAACGAGAAGACGAA